AAAGGCUAUCACAGCCACUCCUAGCACCAGUUGCUGGCUAGCCUGCCCACUCACCUCCCUGCCUGCUUCUGUCUGCCUUGAAUGCCUGGUUCUUCAAGCUCCUUGUGGGUCUGACAAAGCAGGGACCAUGUCCACCUUUGGCUACCGAAGAGGACUUAGCAAAUAUGAGUCCAUCGACGAGGACGAACUCCUGGCCUCUCUGACAGCUGAGGAGCUGAAGGAGCUAGAAAGGGAGUUGGAAGACAUUGAGCCUGAUCACAGCCUUCCUGUGGGGCAAAGGCAAAAGAGUUUGACGGAGAAAACUCCCACGGGGACCUUCAGCAGAGAGGCGCUGAUGGCCUAUUGGGAAAAGGAGUCCCAAAAACUCUUGGAGAAGGAGAGGCUGGGGGAGUGUAGAAAGGUUGCAGAAGAAGACAAAGAGGAGAGUGAGGAAGAGCUGAUCUUUACUGGAACUAACAGUGAGAUUUCUGAGGCGGUGUAUACAGAAGAGGAAGAGGAGGAGGAGUCCCAGGAGGAAGAGGAGGAAGAAGAUAGCGAUGAAGAGGAAAGAACCACUGAAAAUGCCAAAGGUAUUAAUGGAACUGUAAAUUAUGAUAGUGUCAAUUCAGACAACUCUAAGCCAAAGAUAUUUAAAAGUCAAAUAGAAAACAUAAACUUGACCAACGGCCACAGUGGAAGGAACACAGAGUCUCCUGCCGCCAUUCACCCUUGUGGAAAUCCCACAGUUAUCGAGGAUGCUUUGGAAAAGAUUAAAAACAAUGACCCUGACACCAUAGAAGUCAAUUUGAACAAUAUAGAGAACAUCACAUCGCAGACUCUCACCCGCUUUGCUGAAGCCCUCAAGGACAACACGGUGGUGAAGACCUUCAGCCUGGCCAACACGCGCGCUGACGACAACGCCGCUGUGGCCAUCGCGAAGAUGCUCCGAGUCAACGAGCACAUCACCAGCAUCAACAUCGAGUCCAACUUCGUCACGGGGAAGGGGAUCCUGGCCAUCAUGAGAGCCCUGCAGCACAACACGGUGCUCAGCGAGCUGCGUUUCCACAACCAGAGGCACAUCAUGGGCAGCCAGGUGGAGAUGGAGAUCGUCAAGCUGCUGAAGGAGAACACCACGCUGCUGCGGCUGGGCUACCAUUUUGAGCUCCCAGGACCACGAAUGAGCAUGACGAGCAUUCUGACUAGGAAUAUGGAUAAACAGAGGCAAAAGCGGAUGCAGGAGCAGAAACAGCAAGAGGGAUGUGACGCAGGAGCCAACCUUAGGACCAAAGUCUGGCAAAGAGGAACUCCUGGCUCUUCACCUUACACAUCUCCCAGGCACUCUCCUUGGUCAUCCCCAAAACUUCCCAAGAAAGGCCAAACUGUGAGGAGCCGGCCUCUGUCCCCAGUGGCCACGCCUCCUCCUCCCCCUCCCCCGCCUCCCCCUCCCCCUCCCCCUCCUCCCCCCCAAGCACUGCCACUGUCUGCGCCACCUCCACCUCCUCCUCCUCCACUCCCAGAGAAAAAGUUAAUCACCCGAAACAUCGCCGAGGUCAUCAAGCAACAGGAGAGUGCCCAACGGGCACUACACAAUGGACAGAAAAAGAAAAAAGGGAAAAAGGUUAAGAAACAGCCAAACAAUGUCCUAAAGGAAAUAAAAAAUUCCCUGAGGUCCGUGCCAGAGAAAAAAAUGGAAGACAGUUCCCAAACUUCUCCCCCGCAGAGGUCAGCCCAUGACAACCUUAUGGAAGCAAUCCGCGGGAGCAGCAUAAAACAGCUGAGGCGGGUGGAAGUUCCAGAAGCUCUACGAUAAAAACACGAUCUUUACCAGAGGACGCAGAAUUGUUCAGUGGUAUCAAAUGAAAAGCCUCGUGAGAUCUUUCUAAAAUACUUUCUUCAAUUUGAGAUGUUCCCUGACUUUAAAAAGUAGCUUCAGCCUUUAAUUCUGGAGAGAAUUUAAGUAAACCAUCAGUUUAUUUCUUUUGUAAAUAUGAAAAUAAACUUUUUUAUGUCAUGAGAUUUGUAUUGGCAAGCAGCAGUUACUAAAGAGGCUUUCGUAUCUCUGGAGGCCUUCGUAAUGUUGAGCUGUAAGGAGUUAAUGAAAUUGUGCUUUUAUUUUUGUAAUCCCAAUAAAUUUGGAUUGAAGUUUUUUUUUUUCUUUUUUUUAAGUCAAACUAAUAUUUUUCUGUGAGUUGAUACUCACUUCUGUCAGGUGUGUAUGUAACAUUGCCAAA